UUACGCCUGUACAGAGCUACAUUGUGAAAGGGAGGGAAACAAAGAUAUUUGUAUUCCUGAUACCAAGUGUAUGUAUAUGUGUUAUUUAACCUAUUGGAACGUAAAGCUUUGACGUGAUUUUGUUUGAUCGCAAUCCGGUAUCCAUUCAUGUUAACACAAAGCAGGACUUAUUCUCCAGGAACAUAACGCUGGCGAUCAGAAGCAAACAACAGGACGCCUUAUGACACCAUGUUACAUACGGGCGCGGUGUGCGGAAAGAUCUGAUUAUCUGAUCAUCUCCAGCAGAAGCGAAGCCCCAGUGAGCUUAGAGCGCAAUUCAACCGAGGACAACUUUUAAGCCUGUCGUCUGUCUUACCUUCUUACUUGGUGUGAUUGUCGUGGAACAUACGAGUCUUGCUUCAUUUUAAUCUAUUGAUUCAGUAACUUCAGGGGUGUGUCAGUCGAAGAAAGUUUAAAAACGGAAUGUAAUGGUAAACAUUUUGCGGUUCUGCUAUCAGCUCGUUUAUUCUGGAUUAACAGGCUUCAUUUCUUAAUACUGGAACAACAGUUCAGGAAAACUUUGACGAUUUGGGAACGAUCAGGAAAAAGGACCACGGACAUGGAACAAGUUAAAGAGGGGGGAGCUUGAUGAAAUAAUUGACGGCCAUGGCGUGCUGCUGGCGGUGGUGCCACCGCACCUGCACAUGCUGCCUGUCCGAGGAGGAGAGGAAGAGCAUCGCGGUGGACAAGGAGAUCAAGAAGAUCCUCAGGCAAUAUAAGAAGAAGGAGCGCAAGGAAAUCAAAAUUCUCCUUCUCGGCACAGGAGAGAGUGGAAAGACCACCUUCAUCAAGCAGAUGCGAAUCAUCCAUGGGAGCGGCUACUCCGAGGAAGAUCGCCGGGCCUUCACGAAGCUGGUCUUCCAGAACAUUUUCACUGCUGUUAAAGCCAUGACCAAUGCAAUGACCACACUCAAAAUCCCCUACGACAACCCUGAAAACCAGGUGUUAGCUCAGCGGCUGCAGGAGGUUGAUACCCUGCAACUCACCAAGCUGGAGCGGCCCCACGUCGAUGCCAUCCAGCGCCUCUGGGCUGACUCCGGCCUCAAACUUUGCUACAGCCGGCGCCGCGAGUACCAGCUACUGGACUCAACUGAGUACUUUAUGGCUAAUUUAGGACGAAUGGCAACUACCGAAUACAUCCCUACGGAUCAGGAUGUGCUGCGGGUCCGAGUGCCGACGACCGGCAUUAACGAUUAUUCGUUCACCGUUGACAAGAUUUCCCUCAGGAUAGUGGAUGUGGGAGGGCAGAAAUCGGAGCGCAGGAAGUGGAUCCACUGUUUUGAGAAUGUGACAUCUCUCAUCUUCCUGGCCUCCCUCAGCGAGUAUGACCAAGUUCUGGAGGAGAAGGAUACAGAUAACCGCAUGGAGGAGAGCAUGGCACUCUUCUACACCACCAUUCACUCACCCUGGUUCCUCCGUGCCUCCGUCAUCCUCUUCCUCAACAAGAAGGACAUCCUCGCCGACAAGAUCCGCACGUCUGAUCUGCACACGUACUUCCCCAGCUUCACAGGACAGAGACAGGACCCCCUGGCAGCCAUGAAUUUCAUAGAGAGGAUGUAUAUCCAGCAGGCAGUGAACAGGGAGAACAAGGACGAGAAGAACAAGACAGUGUACCCACACUUCACCUGUGCCACGGAUACGCAGAACAUCCGCAAGGUGUUCAGCGACAUCAAGGACACGGUGCUCAUCAAAUCCUUGGAGGAAUACUACCUCCUCUGAGGCCGAUGCUGUUGUCCGCUUGGGGAAAAGGCUCCAGGUUCACAGAAGAACAGCGGCACUUGCGCCAGCAUGACCCAGUAUGCUCGAAGGGUCCGACUGAGUCAUGGACCGGGAUCCCAGAGGCACUGGGUGAUCAGUUUCUGUUUCCUAUCUGAGGAGGACCUCCCCCGUAUAAGCGACCACUGUCCGGAGUUGGACCUCGACUCAUUACACGCAGGAGAGGCCUUAAAGAGAACCUCUAUCUCUCCAUUACCUGCUGCCAUAUGAGAAGUGCCAAGGAAGACCGCUUUAUGUAGAUAGUGACCUUUGCGAGCUGCAUAGAUGAAAACUUCAAGCCUGAAUUUACCGAAUUCUAAAUUAAAACAUGAACUACACCACUUACAACUCGGCUCUUUGCAAGGAGUGAAGUGUCUGAUGGGGGACUGCAAUCGACUGCUCUGCUCUGUCGUCCACCCGGUUGGAUGGUGUCCAUUGUUUUCAUAUUCCACCAGUUUUUAUUUUUUAGGCCAAGCUACCAAAAUCACCAGCAAUGACAUGGAAGUUGAACAACACUAGUUAGCUAAAUAAAAUAAGCUGGUUCAAGGUUUUCAUGACGUGAAAAUCAUACCAGUAAACACUAUUACAUCAUGGAUGGCACUGUGAGUCCAUUUAGACGGUUCAUGUGUUGUGUUGAACACAGCGUGUGUCACAAACUCUGGCUCAGUGCUGGCCUGAUCUUUGCAGAGCUGUUUCCUGCAACAUCAUUGAGUUGAGCUGCUAUCUCUAUUCUUUAACUACCCAGUGAUUAAACCCUGGGUACUGUAUGUGUAACAUGUAUUUACGGCUUUCUUUGAUAUUUUCACGUGAAUAUUGUAUAAGUACAUUCUGCAUGGGUAAUAUGUUUUUCGUAUUUGACAACGGGAAGUGGAAGGUAUUUUUGUGAUCCCGAUGAUUUCUUGUGACGGGGAUGAUGUCAAGGAGACAAUCAUGGUAUUAAAAUUUUAAGUGUAUUGUCUGAUACCUCAA